AUGGCAUCUCUACCGCUUCCCCGCUUGGAGUCCCUCGUGGACUAUACUUCCUUCGACCUCACCGUCCGCCCUUACUUGUCCCAGCUGCCAUGGCUGCCGGACAGCUUGUACGAAGCUGGUCGCGAUGUUUAUAGCUUGCAAGCUGUCUAUCUGGCCACCAACCCUAUGGUCUCCGCGCUUGCUUUCGGUGGAGUCCUAGCUGCGAUCUUCUUCCUCGCAGCCGAAAUCAACCGAAACUAUUCGCAAGUCGACCGAUUCUGGAGCAUUUUGCCCGCGCUUUAUAACGUGCAUUUCGCCGUCUGGGCUCGGUUGUCCGGCAUCCAAACUCAUACCUUGGAUACAAUCGCCGCCAUCAGUGUUCUCUGGAGUAUCCGCCUGACUUUCAACUACUGGCGCAAAGGAGGAUACUCCAUCGGUUCCGAGGACUACCGCUGGCAGAUCGUGCGCUCCAAGGUGGGCAACGCUCUUGUUUUCGCCAUCUUCAACCUUGGAUUCAUCGCAUUGGCCCAGUCCCUGCUCCUCCUUCUCAUCACGGCCCCAACCUACAUCUUUGUUGUCGCCGCGUAUAACCAAGGUCCCGAGACAUUCGGUUUGCCCGAUGUGGCGUUUUCUCGCGCCAUAUUCUUCUUCAUCCUCAUCGAGUUCUUCGCCGAUGGUCAGCAAUGGAACUUCCAGACUGCCAAGCAGGAGUACCAGACCAGCGCGCGCAUUUCGGAGCCCUACAAGGACCAAUACAGUGCUGAGGAUCUCGAGCGGGGCUUCGUUGUCAGUGGUCUUUGGUCUUGGUCGCGUCACCCCAACUUUGUUGCCGAGCAAGCCGUCUGGUUGACCAUGUACAUCUGGGCCUGCUACCGCACCGAGACAUACUACAGCUGGGCCGGCCUGGGCGUCUUGGGGUACCUUGCAAUCUUCCAGGGAAGUACUCGCUUGACUGAAGGCAUCAGUGCCAGCAAGUACCCUGAAUACGCCGAUUACCAGGCUCGCGUUGGAAGGUUCUUGCCUCGCUUCUCUGUCAAGGCUAAGAAGACCAAGAAGCCCAGCAAGAAGAACGACUAG